AAAAUACCAUCGUUUCGCCUAUUCCUUCAUAACGGGGCCCGCUCAAUUUUUUGAGCGCUCAAUUUUUUGAGCUUUUCCCCCUUGUGCGUGGGACUGAGGUCGCGGGGGGAGUUGCCGAUCCGUUAUGUGAUCCGUGGCCUUGGUAACUGUAACAGCAAAUAUUUUAGGUUUAGGCACUGGGUUUAAGUUAGUGUAUCCAGUUUCCACACCACUGCGGGACCAUGUCUCUGUACGACGACAUCGACUCUGGUCAGAAGUCGGACCGCGUGCCCGGCUGGGGUAGCUCCAACAUGAAGCUGCUGCAGUCGCAGCUGAAGCUGCGGAAGGCGGCCGUCAGCCAGCCGCGCCGCGACCUCAGCAGGCGAGGUAACGUACUGGCGCCCGUGAUCGACCUCAAGGGCACGAGGCGCGAGGACGAGGACUCGCCGGCGGCGGCGGCGGCGGCCACGGCCGUGCUCACCAUGCCCGGCCUGAACCAGAGAGGCUACCGGGGCCCGGCACAAUUCAUCUCGUUCGGGCCCGACCAAGACGCCAAAAACGAGUACGACCCUCUCAAACCAAACGACUACGAAAAGGUCGUUAAAGCGGCGCGCCGUAAAAAGGAGGAGGAGAAGGAACGAGAGCGUCGCGAGCGCGAGAUGGCGGGUCCGGUGACGAGUCUGGUCAGCAGCUACAGCGACGACGAGGCAGAGACCGCCGCAGAAGAGGAGCGGAAGAGGAAGAGCGCGCUGGGAGCGGCCAUCGCGCCGCCGUCGGCCCUCCAGGAGCGCUCCUCCUCCCCGCCAUCGUUCGGUCUGGGCGCGCCACGGCCCAGCGGUUCCGGCGCAGGGGGCAGCAUCGCCGCUCAGAUCAUGGCCAAAUAUGGGUACAAGGAGGGUCAGGGACUCGGUAAGGCCGGCCAGGGCAUCUCCCGGGCGCUGGCUGUCGAGAAGACCUCCAAACGCGGUGGCCGCAUCAUCCAUGAGCGCGAGCUAUUGACGGCCGGCUCUCCCGGUCCGUCGGGCACCAACACCCCGCCCCAGGGCGGCGGCAGCGACCUGAUGCCGCCGCCGCCGCCGCCGCCCCCGCCCGCGCAGCCCACCAUGGCCGAGAUACUGCGCAACCCCACCAAAAUUGUGAUGCUCCGGAACAUGGUGGGCGCCGGGGAAGUGGACGAUGAGCUGGAGGGCGAGGUGAAGGAGGAAUGCAGCACCAAGUACGGCGAGGUGGUCAAGGUCACCAUCCUAGAAGUGUCCGGCGCCUCCGACAACGAGGCCGUCCGCAUCUUCGUCGAGUUCAAGCGGAUCGAAAACUCCAUCAAAGCGCUGGUCGACCUGAACGGCCGGUUCUUCGGCGGACGCCAGGUGAAGGCGCGAUUCUACAAACAGGACCUGUAUGACGACCUGGAGCUGAACGAGCAUGUACCGUGACGCCGCGCAGUGUCAGCUGUGUCACCCCUGUGGGAGUGUCAGUGUCAGUGUCAUCCCGGCGCGGUUCACAUCAUCACCCCCUGGCCGAUCCCUGUCGGUUUGUGUAAUGCUGCCGCCGCCCGGCGCGGCUGGGAUCCGUCACGGAGCCGCGCGGUACAUUGUUGUGUAAUAUUAUGGACGACUCGCU